AUGGUGUUUGCUACCUCGAGUGGCGGUGCUUCAAUCAUACUCCCCAACAUCAGUUCCGCAUAUACAGGGAUCGAUCUAACGAAAACAUCUAGGACGGGUGUGCUGUGUAUUAUCCUUUGCCUUGCGCUAGGAAUUGCGAACAUUUUUUCGUUCAACGUGGUUCUGAUUAUCAUCAGUGUCAUCAGCAUUGCCUCGGCAUUCGUCAUUCUCUUUAUUGAAGUGCCCUUCCUCCUCCGAAUUUGUCCCACAUCACCGAAAUUCGAUUCCUUUAUCCGCCGCUUUACAACCAACUGGAUGCGCGCCCUCAUCUACGCCGUCCUUGGUGGUGUCCAGCUUAUCAGUCUCGCCGAGAAGGCUUCUAGCUUGAUUGCUGGUGCCGUCUUCCUUCUCAUCACGGCUGUUUUCUACGCACUGGCAGGCCUGACGAAGCAAGAGUUUGUUGGUAGCAAGACCCUGGGUGGUCAGGGAGUUGCACAGAUGAUUGUCUGA